AUGACUUGGGAUGAAAUUGAAGUCGUUGGAGUGCCUCCUUCCCCAAGGUCUGAUCAUGCUGCUGAUGUACAUGUGGAGAGAUACUUGCUCAUCUUCGGAGGGGGUUCACAUGCAACUCGCUACAAUGAUUUACAUGUUCUCGAUUUGCAAACUAUGGAAUGGUCUCACCCCACACAACAAGGUGAGAUACCAACUCCACGUGCAGGACAUGCUGGUGUGACAGUAGGAGAGAACUGGUUCGUUGUUGGUGGUGGCGACAACAAGAGCGGGGCUUCGGAGACGGUUGUACUGAACAUGUCUACACUGGCUUGGUCAGCAGUAACAUCUUUUCAAGGGCGUGUUUCUGUUGCUAGUGAGGGCUUGAGUUUGGUUGUAAGCUCGAAUGAUGGAGAAGAUGUACUUGUAUCUUUUGGAGGAUACAAUGGGCGUUACAACAAUGAACCUCAAGGAAAUUCUCAUACUGCAGGUGGCUCAGGCUCAGGCUCAGGCUCGAAAAAAGGCGUUCCUGAUGUAACUGUCGCUCCAGAAGCAAAGGGUUCACAGUCUCCAUCUGUGGAUUCUGCUUUUGGUGUUUCUAAUUCUGUGCCAGAUGUACUGCAGGAGGCUCUUUCUAAUUUAUCAGUUUUAAAAGCUGCAACUGCAAAAAAAACUGGUCCAAGCUCCAAAAAAAAUGUUCAUGAAGAACUUGUCACUUCCGAAGCAAGAGGUCCACAGUCUCCAUUUCUGGGCUCUACUUCCGAUGUCAAUAGCCAGGCAGCAACCUACAAUGUCCGACAACAUGUUGAGGCUGAAAACAUGAAUAGGAAUGUACUGGCAGCCUCCACUGCCGGUCGACAGGUGGACUCUGGAAAUACGGGAAUUGCCCCUGUUGAUCUCAAUUCAUCCACCAAUAUGAAUAAAGUACCACUCUCAUCAACAGUUCCUGUUAGUGUUGACAAGGGUAAAACGUCUAUUGAUGACAGUGUUGCUGGUAAGGGUGAAAGAGUUACAGUUAGUGUUGACAAGGGUAAAGCCUCUAUUGAUGAUAGUUUUACUGCUCUUGUUGCUAUCGCCAUUGGAACCUACAUCGUCGAAUUUGAUGCAUUAACUGGAAGCAAGAUUUCCGCUCUUGACAUUGGUGCACCUGUUGUUCGAAUGUCUUACAGUCCAACAAGUGGACACACUGUGAUUGCAAUUCUCCAGGAUUGUACAAUAAGAUCUUGUGAUUUUGACUUGGAGCAAACUUGUGUACUGCAUUCACAUGAGAAAAAGACGGAGCAAAUUUCUUCUGAUGCAGAAGUUCACAUGGCUUUAACCUCACUCCAACAUGUUGUGUUUUUUUUGGGUUCCCUAAGAGAAUGA